AUGAAGGAAACCUACAGUUUGACAACAGAAGGAAGUAGAAAUUUGAUGAGACAGAGUGUGAAGAUCGGCUUCCACUGGGCUUUGCUUGCUUUUCUUUCAAAACCAUUCUCUGCCUCUUACAUAGUGCUAGCAUACAGGCCUGCAUACUCGGCUACAUAUGCUGCUUUCUCAUACUGUAAAUAUGGGAGCACUUCAUAUCUAGAGUGUUGA